AUGUUCCUCACAGUCAAGCUGCUUUUGGGCCGUAGAUGCAACCUCAGGGUGUCGGGCCAUGAGAGUGUGGCCACACUGAAGAAGCUGGUGUCCCAGCGGCUGCAGAUACCUGCAGAGCAGCAGCACCUGCUGUUCUGCGGCAAGCUGUUGGCUGAUGACAAGCGUCUCUCCGACUACUGCAUUGGGCCCAAUGCCUCCAUCAAUGUUAUCAUGCGGCCCCUGGAGAAGGCGGCACCAGAAGAAGCCCCCCAAACCCAGCCCCUGUGGCACCAGCUGGGCCAGGUCCUAGCCAAACACUUUGGGCCCCAGGAUGCCAAGGCUGUGCUGCAGCUGUUAAGACGGGAGCACGAGGAGCACGUGCAGAGGGUGAGCUUGGAUGGCCUGGAGCGGCUGGCCUGCCGCCUCCUGGCACAGCAGCCAUGUGUAGAGCCGACCAAGAAGAAGGAGCCACAGGCUGUGGCCUCAGAGCUUCAGCAACAUGAAGGAGGUGGAGAAGGUGGAGGAGGAGGAGCAGUCGAUCAGUACUUACGGACUCCAUAA